UAUCAAGUGAAGAAGUUCCGCUUGGAUAAGAAGAGCGAUAAUACAGAAAUAAAGUAGAAUGACUGUUUUAUGGCUGCUCCAGUUUUCCAUUGUGACUCUUCAAAUCGUCCUCGGAAUCCUGUUUGCCCUGGCAAAAGGAGACUUUUGUGGAAGCGUUUUCGAAACUCAACUGGAUCAUGCAUUAGCAGGUCAUGUUGUGUAUACGACUGUUGUUGUGGACGAGUUUGAAUGUCAGUUAAAAUGUAUGGGAAACAACCGUUGCAAGUCGAUCAAUGUUCACCCCGGUGACAGUAUUGGACAACGUAUCUGUGAGUUGAAUGAUAAAACGCGGCAGAUGAAGCCAGAGGAUUUUAGAAAAAGGAAAGGAUCUACAUACUAUAGCUCUGCUCAGGCUUCCUGCAUGGAUAUUUCUCGUGAGCAAAGGCGACCCACUAAGAGCGCUCAGUGUCAUCCGGGAUACCAAGGAACACGGUGCCAAAUGCCUCCCGUGGUGAGAGUAUUCAUCCGCAGUGAAGGUUGCGAGGAUCUGGGAAUUACAGCAAACACUUGUGGCAUUGCUUACAUCAAAGUGAAUGGAAAAGAUUAUUCUCCACACAUCAGAGGCCAUAACGUGGUUGUUAUCAACGCUAUGACAGGUACUGUACUAGGAGCCAAAGGAUUUGACACUCAUGAGAAUAGUUCCGCUGGUAUUCACCUGAGAGAUUACCUUAACGGAAUCAAAGGAGAAAAAAUCGUUCUGGUCGCCAUUCAAGAUCAAGGCUCAACAUACAUAUCACCAGCGAUUGACGCUCUAAAAAGAGUUGGCGCCACCGAUGACCUACUCAAUCUGACAGAGUUCAGAGGAUCUUUUGCUUUGGUGGGAUUCGCCGGUGUGAAUAGACCAUCUUGGAUUGCACAACAAAAUGCCAAGCGAGAAAGGGGACCCAGUGAGAUAUCUCUGACAAUCCCAUCAUCAGAAGCUAUCAAAGGCAUAUAUUACAAUCAGCCUGGCCAUUCCUGCAAGGACAUCCGGGACUCCGGAUAUUCCGUUGGAGAUGGGGAGUACUGGAUCGACCCUGAGAAGAACGGAAACCCUUUAAAGGUCUACUGUGACAUGACAACUGACGGAGGAGGCUGGCUUCUUGUUUCCAACGUUGUGGUAGACGACCCGUCCUCGCGACAGCUUUGGAUUGCGUCAUCAUACCGUGAAAUCAGCAACUGCCACUGGAACAAAACGUUGUUCAUCACAGAAAAUGCCAUGAAAGAACUGAGAACACACUUGUCUUUCACUCAGCUGAGAUUCCACUGCAACAAACAAAAAGGACGAAUGAUCCACGUGACCACAGCUGCAAACAGCUCUGGUGAAGCUGUAGUCCAGUACUUCAGCGGUCAGACGGAUAGGCGACCUUUGGCGUGUGGCUCGUUUAAUAGAAUGAAAGAUGAUAACUCCAAUAUAACUGGAGUCUGUCACCAAUGGCAAGGCCAGCAGUGGGGUCACCCACCGUCGGCAAAAGGGACAUUGACCUACCACGCCUUUUAUGUCCCUUACAAAUAUCACUGGUUGUUGGUUCCUGGAAAUCAAAGAUGGGAGUGUGACGACUAUAUUUCUAACAGAUUUUUUGCGUUGUCCUCUGGCGAUUUCUGGAAAGUCUUUGUUCGUUAAGGCCUGGAAACACCUACAUCCGCUUCCACUUUUCCUGUAAAACUUUUCUCUGCAAAGUAAGACGUCAUGAUCAUCGGAUAACUGUAACAAGCCUUCAAACUUUUUUUAUUUGUUUUUUAUCAUUCGAACAAUUUGCGAGGUUUUCGUUCUCAUAUUUCGUAUGUUAGUUUGUGGCCUGAAUGUCAUGGUGGAGUCGGUAUUUCACUUCUUAAAUACCAUAGUAGUGACUAACUUAUAAUUUCUCCAUACAGUAUCACCCUUGAAUUAAAUAUUGAGGUCAUAGGAAUAAAGGAAAUGAUCACCAGCCUAGGAAGUCCAUAACUGUCAAACAAAUUCUCCUCGGCAGCACCAUAGGAAAUGUAUAGAGAACAGAAUGGUGAACAUCCAUACUGAUGAUAGGGUGUUAAGAGUUAAAACCUUUUCAUCUUUCAAAGUAAACCCGACCCAAAAGAUUUGUUCAUCUAUCUGUUUUUUUUUCCUUUACUUUU